AUGGAUGGCUCCACGACAGCAUCAACCACAGACUGUUCGAUUCAAGAACAGAAAUCUACAUCGAACCAUGGCGACCCUUGGCCGUUGACAUAUCGACUGGAAGAUAUGCUUCGUCGGGACCGUGAUUCGGGAUUCCCACCUCGAAAUCUGGGUGUGACAUGGAGCAACUUAACGGUGAAAGCAAAAAGCGCGGAAUCGGCAGUCAACGAGAAUAUCUUCACUCAAUUCGACGUGAUCGGUCGGAUGAAAAGAAGGCACCAGAAGCGUCCUCCGAAGGAGAUCCUCCACAAAAGUCACGGAUGUGUCAAGCCCGGGGAGAUGUUGUUGGUUCUUGGUCGACCAGGGUCCGGGUGCACCACGCUGCUGAAUAUGCUGGCCAACAGACGGGCUGGUUAUGACGAAAUUGAAGGCGACGUUUGGUAUGGCAAUAUGCGACAUGACGAAGCGAGCCAUUACAAGGGUCAAAUUAUCAUGAAUACCGAAGAAGAGAUCUUCUUCCCGACAUUGACCGUGGGACAAACCCUUGACUUCGCCACAAAGUUGAAAGUACCCCAGAAACUCCCCACGACAGUGCGCAACACGGAGGAUUACAGGGUAGAGAUGAAGGAGUUUCUGUUGGAAAGCCUUGGUAUCUCCCAUACGAAGGAAACAAAAGUUGGGGAUCCCUACAUUCGUGGAGUAUCCGGAGGAGAGAGAAAGCGUGUCUCGAUAUUAGAGUGCCUCGCCUCAUCCGCAUCGAUCUAUUGUUGGGACAACAGCACGAGAGGUCUCGAUGCGUCAAGUGCUUUGGAUUGGGCCAAGGCAAUGCGCGCAAUGGCGGACGUGUAUGGCAAAUCUAUGAUCGUCACGCUUUAUCAAGCAGGCAAUGACAUAUUCCAGCUUUUUGAUAAGGUCUUGGUACUUGAUGAAGGGAAGCAGAUAUACUAUGGUCCUGCCAACCAAGCACAGAAGUUCAUGGAGGAUCUGGGCUUUAUUAUCGACGAAGGUGCAAAAAUUGGUGAUUUUUUGACCGGCAUCACCGUUCCCACUGAGCGCCAGGUUCGACCCGGCUAUGAAUCUGUCUUCCCUCGAGACGCCGAGACCAUUCUUCAGGUAUACGACAAUUCAUCCCUUCGAGCACAAAUGGCAACCGAGUAUCAAUACCCAACCAGUGAAUCUGCUCAGAAAGACACCGGCAACUUCAAGGAUGCCGUGUCCACGGAGAGACAUCGCCCAGGAAGCGUCCACACUGCUGGUUUCACAAGGCAAGUAAGGGCCUGCGUCGUUCGUCAAUAUCAAAUUCUCCUAGGCGAUAAGAAGACUCUUGCCAUGAAGCAAGGUUCGACUUUGAUCCAGGCCUUGGUAGCCGGUUCUCUCUACUACCAAGCUACUGGGGACUCAACGGGACUCUUUCUGAAAGGAGGCGCAAUGUUUUGGUCUAUUCUGUACAACAGCAUGAGUGCCAUGUCCGAAGUGGUCGACUCUUUUUCCGGCCGUUUGAUGGUAAUCAAGCAUGGUGACUUUGCCUUUCAUCAUCCAGCCGCAUUCUGCGUAGGGCAGAUCACUGCGGACAUCCCCAUCAGCUUGGUUCAAGUUACCAUAUGGUCUCUGGUCGUCUAUUUCAUGGUGGGCUUGCAAAUGUCUGUCAGCGGUUUUUUCACCUACUGGGUUGUUCUUUUUGCAUCCAUUAUGAGUGGAACGGCAAUUUUUCGCGCCGUCGGAGCAACCUUUCGUAGCUUUGAUAGCGCAUCCAAGAUAUCAGGUUAUGUGGUCACUGUGAUGGCGAUGUAUGCAGGAUAUCAAAUCCAGUAUUCACAAAUGCAUCCGUGGCUAGGGUGGUUAUAUUGGCUCAACCCGGUCGCGUAUGCCUUUGAUUCAUUGAUGAGCAAUGAAUUUAACGGUCAAACAAUCCCGUGCGCUGGCGUCAAUCUGAUCCCUCGCGGUGAGCUCUAUUCGAACGUGGACUCUGCCCAUCAGUCCUGUGCAGGAGUUAGAGGCGCGGAGCCCAGAUCCAACGUGGUACUUGGAACUCAAUACUUGAGCGCCCUGUCAUACUCACAAGGGCAUCUCUGGCGAAAUUUCGGUAUUCUCUGGGCAUGGUGGGCUUUUUACGUGGCCAUCACGAUCUUGGCAACUAUACGUUGGCGUGAUGCUUCAGCGUCCGGUGCCACUCUUCUCAUUCCUCGCGAAAAGUUGGCCCAUCAUCGACGACCACACAAUGUUGAUGAGGAAUCACAAGCACACAAGCCUCUGAACAAUCAGCCAACCUCCGAAUCGACUACUCUUCCUGGCACAGAGAAAGAAGCAGAGAGCGUACAAUUAGUGAGAAAUACAUCAGUCUUCACCUGGAAAAACCUGACGUACACCGUGAGUACUCCAUCAGGGCCUCGCGUGUUGUUAGAAAACGUCAAUGGAUGGGUGAAGCCCGGUAUGCUUGGCGCUUUGAUGGGCGCAUCUGGGGCAGGCAAAACGACGUUGUUAGAUGUUCUUGCCCAGAGAAAGACAGAGGGUAGGAUAGAGGGAUCCAUCAUGGUAGAUGGUCGACCUUUAUCUCUAUCGUUCCAGAGGUCUGCGGGAUAUUGUGAGCAACUUGAUGUCCACGAACCAUAUGCCACAGUUCGAGAAGCUUUGGAGUUUUCUGCUCUUUUGCGUCAGCCUUCCUAUACUCCAAGAGCAGAAAAGUUGCGGUAUGUGGACGUCAUUCUGGACCUUUUGGACCUUCAUAGCAUCGCAGACACUCUUAUUGGAAACUCCACCAUCGGAGGCCUCAACGUUGAACAACGGAAGCGGGUGACCAUCGGGGUGGAACUGGUUGCAAAACCCAGUAUUUUGAUUUUCCUUGAUGAACCAACUUCAGGGCUUGACGGGCAGGCUGCAUUCAACACGGUCCGUUUUCUGCGUAGACUAGCAGAUCACGGCCAAGCAAUCCUGGUUACCAUUCAUCAACCCUCGGCUCAGCUUUUUUAUCAAUUUGACACACUGUUACUCCUCGCUCGUGGUGGCAAAACGGUCUACUUUGGCGAUAUUGGUCCGAGAGCUCAAACGCUGAAGGAUUACUUCGGGCGACAUGGUGCUCCUUGUCCAGCACAAAGCAACCCGGCGGACCAUGUAAUCGAUGUGGUAUCUGGUCGGCUAUCUUCCACCGAUUGGCAUCAGGUCUGGCUCCAAUCUCCCGAAUUCCACCGUUCAACAACAGAGUUGAAUACUAUCAUCGAAGAAUCUGCGUCGCGGGAGCUGGUGACCCGGGAUGAUGGCCAGGAGUAUGCAAUGCCCCUUUGGGACCAGACAAAGAUAGUUCUGCACCGAAUGAAUCUGUCCCUCUUUCGAAACAGCAACUAUGUUAAUAAUAAGAUAUACCUUCAUAUUGGGUUGGCGCUCUUCAAUGGCUUUUCUUAUUGGAUGAUCGGGAACAGUGUCAACGAUUUGCAGCUGCGCAUUUUCACCAUAUUUGUGUUUAUGUACGUUGCCCCGGGCGUGGUCAAUCAACUGCAGCCCCUAUUCAUUGAGAGACGGGACAUAUACGACACGCGCGAAAAGAAAUCUCGAAUGUAUUCUUGGAAGGCCUUCGUGACUGGCCUCAUCGUCUCCGAAUUCCCCUACCUAUGUGUCUGCGGUGUCCUCUAUUUUGUAUGUUGGUAUUAUACUGUGGGGUUCCCUGCAGAAACCAACAAGGCUGGUGCAUCCUUCCUGGUCGUCCUGCUGUAUGAAUUCUUCUAUACGGGCAUGGGUCAAUUCAUUGCAGCAUAUUCCCCGAAUGCUGUGUUUGCAUCGCUUGUCAAUCCCUUGGUGGUCGGGAUUCUUGUAUCCUUCUGCGGUAUUCUUGUGCCCUAUGGACAAAUUGUGCCCUUCUGGAGAUACUGGAUGUAUUAUUUGAAUCCAACCAACUACCUGGUCGGCAGUUUGCUCACUUUCACCAUCUUCGACGUCGAUGUGCAAUGCACGGAGAGUGAAUAUGCCGUGUUUGACCCACCCGCCAAUGCCACCUGUGGUGAGUAUUUGGCGGGCUUUCUGAACGAAUCCGAUGCCAAUCUGGUCAAUCCGGAAGCCACCCACGGGUGCCGUGUCUGCUCGUAUACCAAGGGAAGCGGAUAUCUUGAGACCCUGAACCUGAACGACUUCUACUAUGGUUGGCGAGACGUUGGGAUUUUCGUCAUUUUCGUCUUCAGUUCCUAUGGAUUGGUGUACUUAUUCAUGAAACCCUGUUCCGACUCCAUCAAUUUUACAAAACUUGAAUUCUUCCUCGCUGUUAUCCUAUAUGGCGAGGGUCGAUGGCUUCUGAUCUUCGUUCUUUGUGAUCAUAAGAAUGAGGAGCGUUGCCCCGGAUGGACUACACCAUCCGAGGGCGCUGUGGGCAGGAAGGAUGCCGUGAAAGACGGUACUAUCUUGACGAGGGUCUCUGGUUUUGGGCGGCAAGUCGAAGCAGAGCAGGAUCAAUUUGGAACACAGGGCAGGAAAAAUCGAAUUAAAAAGGUGGCUGCAGAGAAACUCCACAGAACCUACCGUGGUCGCCGCGCUUACACCCUCUUCUUGCAAGUUUACCAAUUCAUUCUCUGGAAGCAAUGCUAUGCCUUGGUCCAGGUUCGGGGGUUUCCCGAGCAAUUCGAGAGUAUUGUCCGUGAUUUGUGGACUCUUCGAUUGGAGACUUAUUCCGACAAGAUCAAAGAAAUUCCGGAAGAAGAUGAUCAGCCCGAAAUGUUCAGCUCGCAACCAAAUACAGAUGUUGAGAGCGAACCUGAAGACUUCAAGCCCAAAUCGAAAUGGCCCAGGCUAAUUGACACCGUGGGUCUUUGUUACCUAGCGGCUCUACUUAUGAGAAUUCCCGUCAGUAUCUGUGAUAUGCACUGGAUGAUUGUCCGUGGUGAAAUACCCUACAUACGGGUGGUAAAAGACAUCCCUCGCGAAAUGAGAGACAAGCUUCCACAGGAGUACCUCUCAAUUAUUGAAACAAGCGCUCAUCCAAGCCGAGCAACUCCACAAAGCCGUAUCAGAGCUAUUGCUCUUGUACCAUCACAAGUUCAGCGUACAAUUUCCGCCAUUGAAUCAUCCACCCCUCUUAUAUCGUUUUAUCAGAAGACUCGCACUUCCAAGUAUGAUUCUCCUGUCCCUUCAACCACGGUUUCCUCUAGCUCUAACCCGCUUCCAGUUGAGAUAUAUCCUUCUAUCAAACGACUACAAUCUCUUUUAGGUUUCUCUUUUGAGUACCAAACACGAACUGGCAAGAGGAAGGCAUUUGACUUGCCUGAGAUACAAUUAAUGGCCCUCAUUGUCAUAUCCACCAAACUUCAUUUUCCCUUUGACGACAUUAAAAGAUACCCUAGCUCGGCACAAGAACCCACGACCCAGACAAUAAAUUGGAACACCUGGAUCCAAGCUCAGAGAGACUUCGACCGUCACGAAACGUCUGGAGGAAAACUUGGAAAGGGAAACGAGAUCCAACUGAAAGAGGAUAAGGUAUUCGACAUGACACCCAGUCAACUCGAUGAGUACAUGGAUUGGUAUGAGAACAGCUGGCUGGAUAUCAGCAAAGCGAAAAAUCCAUUAGCGGAUCUAUUCCCAACAAACCCAGGGGCCGGAGAAAACCAGCCUUCGGCGGCGGCGGCGGCGGCAGCAUCGAUACCAGCUCCAGCAACUUCAGCUGAAGAAGAUGAAAAUGAAGCGAUGAGCACAAUGGUGCAGACAGUCACCAGUCAGCUGAAGUCUCGGAGGGUAAUCGACGAUGGCAAUGCACAUGUUCCUCGUCCGGGCACCUCAUAUCCGCGUUAUCGGAUGGAGUCUAACCUAUCAGAGGCCGCAAGACCAUUCUACGAAACAGCGGCAAAAGUUGUUGGGGUGUCCCUCAUAACUCUCAGCAGGGCUGUGUAUCAUGCGGAAACCAGAAUUUCUCGUUGGCUGGAAGAUCAGAGGCGAGUUGGGUAUUUUGUAGACCAUUCGGAAAUGGAUGUUGCUGAUGAUGAUGAUAAUUCGGAUGCUGCGGAGGAAAUCGACGAUCAUUCUAUGGCCGAUGUAGAGUCCUGA